AUGGAAGACUUCCAAUACGGAAAAUUUGAUUCCAGCAAUCAACCACCUCCAUUGCUCGUAAAACAUCUUCAAAACGAUAUUAUGGUUGCGACUGCCUCACAAAAAUUAUGUUUCUUUCGACUAUUUCCGAUUAUUUUUCAUGAUAUAGUUGAUCAACUGCCUUCAUUUAUAGUAUACAAAGUAUUACGAGAAAUAGUUGAUCUGAUAUUGUCGUGCCCAUUUCGUAGAAAAUGGUUGCAUACACUCGGUGAAUUAUGUGAAACUUUCCACGAAAUGAUGCUGAGCCAUUUUCCAGAUAAAAUGACUCCCAAGGUGCAUUUUAUUAGAGAAUAUAAGCACACGAUUAGUGAUUUUGGUCCAGCAGUUAAACAAUGGUGCUUUCGAUACGAAGGAAAGCACUCAUACUUCAAGAAGAUCACAGUUCGAACCAAUAAUUUCAAAAAUAUUCCAAAAAUGCUAGUCACUCGUUAUCUUCUCAAACAAUGUUUAACAUUCGGUCAUUUGGCUCGAUUGCAAUCAUCUCAAUAUCCUGUUGGUAUCAAAAAAGUUCGAAGCACUUCGUUUGAUUUGCAAAUGAAGGACAUUCUAUUGGCGCAUUUCAAUCAUAUUGAUUUUGACAACGAUUUAUCGCAAUGCAAUACAUUGAUUUGUGGUAAUGUUGAAUAUCGUCGAUGUGGAGUGCAUGUCAUAGGUUUGAAACCAUCGCAUGAACAGCCGGUAUUCGCUCAGAUUAUCAUGAUUAUCAAAAAGAAUGAGAAAUGGUGGUUAUUCGUCGAUAUACUGGACACAGUUUGUUAUGAUGAAAAAUUGUCGGCAUGGCAAAUACAAUCUAGAGCUCAGCACACUCUGAUUGAUCCAAACGACUUAGUGCAUUAUCACAAAGGACUGGAUAUUUACAUAGUAAACAGUUUGAGUUUUAUUUCAUUUGCAUCACGUUUGACAUUGCAUUAA